CACAUGGUGAAAUGUUUGUUUGAUGUGAUCUGGACAGAUUUUGGGGGUUUACUAUGAGUCGAUCUGAGGAUAGAGAGGGGGGAGUCCCACCCUCUACAUUCCCUCUAUCAAUGAAACAUGACACACAGGCCAAAGCUAAGGGCUCAGUGCAGCAAGGGAGAGCAGACUCCCCCACGCCCAGCUGUGUGUCCAUGAAGAGCGACGAGUCUAUGGAACCACCACUUGUUUUUCAAAAGCAUUUUUCUGAAGCAAGUUCUCAGCAGGUGAGAGCAAACUCUGCUGUAACGAGCUGUGUGUCGAUUAAAAGCGACCACUCUAUGGAGCCACCUCUCGUCUUUAAAGAUGAACAUAUAUCUGAUGGGCAAAGUACUGAGCAAGUGGGAACAAACUCUGCUGUAAUGAGCUGUGUGUCGAUAAAAAGCGACCACUCUAUGGAGCCACCUCUCGUCUUUAAGGAUAGACGUCUAUCUGCUGGGCAAAGAGUUCACCAGGAGACAUCUGAGGUUCCCAGUGAUCAGCCUGCACUGCAGUAUCAAGCAGACCUGGCCUCUGUAUUUAUGCUGCUUGAAGAGAACAUGGUCUCUUUUGUGAAGAGUGAGCUGAGGAGGUUCCAGAGACUCUUGAGUGCAGAUUAUUCUGAAUCCUCAGACUGGCAGUGUGAGGAUGAGGAGGUGGUGAACAGUGAAGAAGAGGAACAAAAGAGGAGCAGCAGGGAGGCAUUUUUGAAGAUCACAGUGCACCUCCUAAGGACUAUGAGGCAGAAGGAUCUGGCUGACACUCUGCACAACAAAAGUCUUGCAGCACUGUGCCAACACAACCACAAAUCUCACCUUAAGGAGAAAUUUCAGUAUUUGAUUGAAGGCAUUCCCAAGGAAGGAAACCCUACACUUCUGACAGAAAUGUACACAGAGCUCUACAUCACAGAAGGUGGAAAUAGAGAGCUCAGUGAGGAACAUGAGAUCAGACAGAUUGAAGCAGCUUCUAGGAACCCAGCAAAACUGGAAAGAGCAAUCAAAUGUGAAGACAUCUUUAAACCCAUACAUGGGAAAGAUAAACCAAGCAAGACUGUUGUGACAAAGGGAGUGGCAGGCAUUGGGAAAACAGUCCUAACACACAAGUUCACUCUGGACUGGGCAGAGGGCAAAGCCAACAACGACAUACAGUUCACAUUUCCAUUCACUUUCAGAGAGCUGAAUUUGCUGAGUGGAAAAGCCUACAGUUUAGUGGAACUUCUUCAUGUCUUCUUUACUGACACCAAAGAGGCAGAAAUAUGUGGCUUUGAAAAGUUCAAGGUUGUCUUCAUCUUUGAUGGGCUGGAUGAGUGUCACCUUCCUUUGGACUUCAAGAGAAACAUGAUCUUGACUGAUGUGACAGAAUCAACCACAGUGGAUGUGCUGCUAACAAGCCUCAUCAGCGGGAAGCUACUUCCAUCUGCUCACCUUUGGAUAACCACAAGGCCUGCUGCAGCCAGUCAAAUCCCUCUUGAGUAUGUUGACAUGGUAACAGAGGUGAGAGGGUUCACAGACCCACAAAAGAAUGAGUACUUCAGGAAGAGAUUCAGAGAUGAGGAGCAGGCUGGCAGAAUCAUCUCCCACAUCAAGGCGUCACAAAGCAUCCACAUCAUGUGCCACAUCCCGGUCUUUUGUUGGAUUAUGGCUACUGUUCUGGAGGAUGUGCUCAAAAGCAGUCAGAAAGGGGAGCUGCCUAAGACCCUGACUGAGAUGUACACCCACUUCUUGGUGGUUCAGUCCAAACUGGCAAAUGUCAAAUAUCAUGGAGGAGCUGAGUCAGAUCCACUCUGGAACACUGAGACCACCAAGAUGAUUCUGUCCUUGGGGAAACUGGCUUUUGAGCAGCUGCAGAAAGGCAAUCUGAUCUUCUAUGAGGCAGAUCUCAUAGAGUGUGGCAUCGAUGUUAGAGCAGCCUCUGUCUAUUCAGGGGUUUUCACACAGAUCUUUAAAGAGGAACAAGGGCUGUACAAAGAGAAGGUCUUCUGUUUUGUCCAUCUGAGCAUUCAGGAGUACCUGGCUGCCUUUUAUGUCUUCCUGACUUUCAUCAACACUGGUGUUAAUCUGCUGUCAGAAUCACAAUCAAACCCUAAAUGGUCUAUGCUGCUAAAAAGCAAAUCCAGGCUAACACACCUCUACCAAAGUGCCGUGGAUGAGGCUUUACAGAGCCCAAAUGGACACCUGGACUUGUUCCUCCGCUUCCUCCUUGGUCUUUCACAGGAGCUCAGUCUUACUGUCUUUGAAGGCCUACUCAAGCACAAAGGAUGUAGUUCAGAGACAAGUCAGGAGACAGCUCAGUACAUCAAGAAGAAGAUCAGGAAGAAACCCUCUCCAGAGCGAUGCAUCAACCUGUUUCACUGUCUGAACGAGCUGAAUGACCAUUCUCUAGUGGAUGAGAUCCAACAGUUCCUGAGUUCAGGUAGUCUCUCCUCACAAAAGCUGUCCCCUGCUCAGUGGUCAGCUCUGGUCUUCAUCUUACUGUCAUCAGAGAAAGACUUGGAUGUAUUUGACUUAAAGAAGUACUCUGCUUCAGAAGAAGGUCUCCUGAGACUGCUGCCAGUUGUCAAAGCUUCUACAAAAUCUCUGCUGAGUGACUGUAAAUUGUCAUGGAGAAGCUGUGAAGCUCUGGUCUCCAUUCUCAGCUGCCAGUCCUCUAAUCUGCGAGAGCUGGACCUGAGUAACAAUGAUCUACAGGAUUCAGGAGUGAAGGGGCUCUCAGCUGGACUGAUGAGUUCAAGUAGACUGGAAAUUCUCGGACUAAGUGGAUGUCAGCUGUCUGAGAGAAGCUGUGAAGAUUUGUCCUCAGUUCUCAGCUCUGUGUCCUCCAGUCUCAGAGAGCUGGAUCUCAGUAACAACAACCUGCAGGAUUCAGGAGUGAAGCUCCUCUCAGCUGGACUAGCAAGUCCACACUUUACAUUGGAAACUCUCAGACUCUGUGGCUGUAAAGUGUCAUGGAGAGGUUGUGAAACUCUGUCCUCAGUUGUCAGCUCACAGUCUUCUACCCUGAAGGAGCUUGACCUGAGCCACAAUAACCUGCAGGAUUCAGGAGUAAAGCUUCUCUCUGCUGGAUUGGAGCAUCCAAACCUUGCACUGGAAACUCUCAGGUUGACUCAGAGCAGCCUCACAGAGAGGUGCUGUACGGAUUUUGCAUCAGUUCUUAGCUCUCCAUUUUCUAGUCUGAGAGUGCUGGACUUGAGUAACAAUGACUUGCAGGAUUCAGGAGUAAAACAGCUUUCUACUGGACUAGGAAGUCCACACUGUCCACUAGUAACUCUUAGGCUGUGUGUAUGCAAACUGUCAUGGAUGAGCUGCGAAGUUUUGUCAUCAGCUCUUGGCUGCCACUCCUCCAGUCUGAGAGAGCUGGAUUUGAGUGACAACAACUUGCAGGAUACAGGAGUUAAGCUGCUUUCUGCUGGACUGCAGAAUCCACACUGCAGACUGGAAAGUCUUAGGCUGUGUGUGUGCAAACUGUCGUGGAUGAGCUGUGAGGCUUUGUCCUCAGCUCUUAGCUUCCAGUCCUCCAGUCUGAGAGAGCUGGAUCUGAGUGACAACGACUUGCAGGAUUCAGGGGUGAAGCUGCUUUCUCCUGGCCUGAACAAUCUACACUGUAGGGUGGAGAGUCUAAGGUUGAGUGGUUGUAAGGUGUCACAGAGAAGCUGUGAAGUUCUGUCCUCGACUCUCAGCUCCCAGACAUCUGUUCUAAGAGAAAUGGAUCUGAGUAACAAUGACCUGCAGGAUUCAGGAGUGAAGCUGCUCUCGGCUGGACUAGGGAGUCCACAAUGUAGCCUGGAAACUUUAAGGCUGUCAGGCUGCCAGGUCACAGAGGAAGGGUGUGCUUCUCUGGCCUCAGCUCUGAGCUCCAACCCCUCCCAUCUGAGAGAGCUGGACCUGAGCUACAAUCAUCCUGGAGAGUCAGGAGUGACACUCCUUUCUGCUGGACUGGAGAAUCCACAGUGGAGACUGGACUCUCUCAGAAUGGAUCAUGGGGGAAAGCAGAGAUUAAAAUCUGGUCUAUUGAAGUAUGCUUGUGAACUCAAACUGGACCUAAACACAGCACACAAAAAGCUCAUAUUGUCUAAGAGCAUGCAACAAGUAAUCUUGGUGGCAGAAAAGCAGUCACGUCCUGAUCACCCAGAGAAAUUUGACUACUGGAAACAGCUGCUGUGCACAAAUGGUCUGACUGGUCGCUGUUACUGGGAGGUGGACAGAGAUGGAGGGGUGUUCGUGGGGGUAACUUACAGAGGAAUCGGAAGGCGUGGAAAGGGUGAUGACUGUAGGCUUGGAUGGAAUGAAAAGUCCUGGAGUCUGUUCUGCUCUGAUGACGGUUACUCUGCAUUUCACAAUGGAAGAGAAACAGACAUAUGUGAGCCCACCUCCUCUGACUCUAAAGGACUGGCAGUGUAUUUGGACUGGUCUGCUGGUGCUCUGUCCUUCUACAGCGUCUCCUCUGACACACUCACUCACCUCUACACCUUCCUCUCCACAUUCAGUGAACCACUCUACCCUGCCUUUAGGCUUGGGUGGCCUGGCUCCUCAAUCAACGUGCGUACUUGCAGUUAAGUAACCUGGUUAUGUCGAUGAACAUUUGUAAGACAUUUGUAAUAUUUGUAAGUUUUGCAGUUGCUACAUAGCCAAUGUUAGCAGCUAUUUACUUACUACUCAGAGACGCUGCAAGCAGCAAACAUCAUUCCUUUACUCGCUUUCGCCAAGAGCUGUCUCCAGCAAUGCCAAUGUUUUGCUUCAAGUUUGUCACUUCUUUUCCUGUACAGAAGUUAGCAUGUGAACCACCUAGCCCUGCCUGGCUGCCCCAUGUCAUCACUUUCCAAUUGCAACUCACUCACCACAAGAAACAGCUGUUCAGUGGCUGAGAAAACUUACAAAUAGCUUUUAAAUAAGGAAAGAGCUUCAGUGAGCAGCACUCCUUAAAGCUCACUAAUUAACACAUUAUAUCUUGUUUGUUUCUGUACAAAAAAAACUGUUUGUGGUUUUACAGGGGUUAUGUACUGAGCUAUUUCUCAGCCAGGAGCAUUUUCAUGCUAAACUACAGUGCUGGGUGUAGUUCAUUGACACUGAGGUUUAAAAGUCCUCGCAUGUAAAUGUGUUAGAAGGUCAAUAUCAGCUCCACAUUUUCCAUGCAGUGAUAAAAAACAUUAUUCUUAUAGUUUGUUACCCAGUUUCACUGUUGACUGAGCUUUUGAUCAUUUUUUCUCAUGUGCUCAGUACUUUGUAAACUCUAAAUGAAAAUCUAUUUGAAUUUCUGAAGUUUCUUAAAGAUAAUAAAGGUUCUGAGCAAUCAAAUAUGCUAACUGUUUUAUGUGAGUGGUUCUAAGGUAGUGUUAAGGAUUAUUUAACCUACAAAGCUAUCAUGCAUUCUUAAAAAAAAAGUGAAAAACAUGUUUUGAGUACUCUCCUAACACAUUAGCAGUUCACUUGUGUCCUAUAUGACUCCUGGGUACCGGUGCAGUGUGGGAGCUUUUUUUUUCCUAGCAUUUGAUUCUUUAGUGUAACUGUUAUUCAGUUAAAGGAUGUCACACAUGCUGGCCACCACAAGAUGGUGGUGUGGCCCAAAUAUCUAAAAGGUGCAUUUGAACUCAGCAAGUUCCUGUGCUUUCUUAAUGGAAGCAAGCUGACAAACAGAGUGAAAAGCCUUUUUAAUAUAUGGAUUGAAAUGGUUAAUUAAACAUUAUUGAAUAAAUAAGACAUACACAAUGUAACACAUUUUCUGGCAUUUCACAUUACAUUGUAAUAUUAUGUUUCCUUUUUCUUUUUUCUGAUUCUGAUUAGUUACUGUAAAGUAAAUACAUAUACUGUACAUGAAAUAGUUUCAUGAUUUAGUUAAUAACAUCCCUUAUAAAGAAAUAAUCACUGGACAGUUCGUGAUAAAUUAAGUACAGAUUGCAAUUUUAUGUAGAAGGACAUUUCAUCAUGUUUCAUUACAUUUUUAUACAGUCCUGUUUGGAGUGCAUGACUUACAGGGUUCCUCAGUUAAUGGCCAGUGUUACAAUUCUCAUCUUUUUCAUCUCACAUGCUGUAGUUUCAUAUGUUGAGUGAGAUACUGAGGAGAUUGCUCUUAGAAGAGAAGCUAUUGAAGGACCUGUCUGCCAGUGCAUUGUGGUGUGCUUCCACCCCAUGCAGGUAGACAGUGAUGAAGCAGCAUGCUUAUGCUUUAUUGUGGGAUCCACAGUGUCAUAGCACAGCAGGGAUUCAGUUGUUUUUGCUGAGCAAAUGUGGGUGCAGACUGUGAGCGUGUGUUCCAUUCAGCCAAACAAGGUUAUAGUUAAUAGUGCUUUUAAAGAAAUCCAGAUGUAGUAGUUGUUGAAAAGUUUCUAUUUGAGAUUAAAGCUUCAUCUCAUUUUCUUACACACGUUACUAUGUGGAGUUACAUUUUGAUCUUUUGCUGAUUUCAACUUGAAUCACAUUUGUGCUGACUGUAACCUGAGAAUAUAGUGUAAUGUGCAUUAAAG